AUGGCAUUCACAUUACACAAAAAACCAAUAGCAUACAGUGCUAAAUCCUUGGGUACCUUAGUGGAAAAGUACAGAGGUUAUUCCGAAGGGGUCUCGACCAGCGGAAACAAGACCAAACAGCUUGAUGAGCUUUACAAUGCUGCAGACCUGAUCAGCGGAGGAAUUGAACUCAUCAGGGAGAGCAGAGACGCACUCCAGAUCCUGGUGGACAAGCUGGAUAAACAGUUCGACGACCUAAACGUAAAAGGUAAUCGUAAAGAACUGCUAGCUGAAAUCGAAGAAAUCGACAAAGAAACGCAAUACAGCGAAAAAAUCGCGGCUGCUAACGACACAAUGUACGUGCUAAAAGCGCGAUUGAACGAAACUCGCACGAAAGCGAAGAAACUUGCAAAGAAGCUGGAUAUGCCAGUACAUACCGAAACGAUAUCGACACCUAGCGAUGCAGCAAUGAAAGGUGAAAUUAACGGAGAAGAUAGAGAGUUCACCGCCAAUGCAGGGGCAUGGUUAUCCGAAGACCUGUUGAUAAAUAGCGUCGUAGAGUCAGAAGACAUGAUGUAUCGAACUCUGAAACCAAAACAGCUCAAAAUACCGAGAUGUACUGAAGAGGCAAACAUGGAAGAAACAGCAACGCUGCCAGAAAAUAUUCAGCAGGAUGAACAUCCAGCUCAGCAAACACGCGUACAACACGACAUACAUGCUGACACUGGCGAAAAUCUCUUGCAAGCGCAGUCUAGUAGACGAAAUCCGCCUCGAGAAUCUAAGACUCGCGCCUACGAAGUCAUUCAAAACUUUGAACGAAGUUUGCAAAGCACUUCAUCCCCUCAUAUCUCUCGGGUCAUGACAAUGAUUAGCCUCAUCCUCCUAUACAGCUGCAAUAGUGUGGAAGCUUUGACGAAGGGACUUAUGGAGUGCGCAGAAGGAAUACUUAACAUUAGAGAGCUUACAGAACCAUUCAGGUUAUGUGUGGGUAAUACAUGCAAAGUAUUCGAAAAUAACACUCAAGCCAUGUCAAUAAGCAUCCCUUCCGCGAAAACCAAGGGGCAAUUUCAUGUGAACCUCACAACCCCGACAUUCUCGGUCACUCAGUUAUGUAAAUCUCAUACAUACUGCGAUCACUCAAGCAGGAUCAUGACAACAUCUUCACUGGGAAACCCACAUUGCUGGCCAACAGGUGCAGUGAUAACUGCUGCACUAUCCAUGUACGCCCUAGUAACAAUCUUGAUGAUGGUGUUAUGGGUAUUGAAACGGCUGCUCACACGAAGGCCAAACGUAGCAUCUAAUCCCGAGACAAACAUCGUACUUGAUAGCUUCAAUCCCAACCCAUUAGGCCUAUCCAACACGAUAGUCAUAGUGAUAGCCCUAUCAUCCAUGAUUAGCACAGCAGCAUCAUGCCAACAUGGGUACAUGCGACAUACGGUCGAAGUAACUUGUCAAAACCAAGAUUGUUCCUAUGAAUACAAUGAGGAAAUACUCUUUAAUCGCCUACAGAAGCGUCUUUGUAUCAGCAUAAGGCACGCAAAUCAAACCUUGGGUACAAUCAAAAUCACGAAAAAGGAGAUGAUUAUGAAAUGUUCCAAGCUGUCCCAUUUCUAUACGCGAGAUACCACACAUCGAAUAUUCUACACUACUAGGUGUGAUGGAGCAGGGUCAUGUUUCAAUAUUAACUGCAACACCCUCAUGCACAAUGAAACAAUCCCAGAACUAGAAUUCGCUUCGGAAUUUCCAGGCUAUUCCGCCUGCGAGCACACAUGCGGCGGGUUGCUCUGCGGGUGCUUUCUUAUCACACCGGCAUGCUUCUAUAUUCGCGUAGCGCAAAUCCCAAAAGAUGAUAAAAUCUACGAUGUCAUCAGCUGCGUGGAAUGGACCCCGGAAAUCAGCUUUGAGUUGGACAUGAAUAUUGGGGGCAUAGCAUUGAGCAAAGAUAUAGUAUUACAACCCUAUCUACCGCAGCAGCUUGAGCAGAUCACUCUUAAUAUCAUCUCGCUAAGCAAGCCGCACUCCAUGCUGAUGGAUAAGCGUUUCGCAAUUGCUGAACAUGAAGCUCUAAGUAUCCCAAACGGCUACGAGUUACCGGUGGAAUGCGAAACGCGGCAGCAAGCAACUGACAAUUUCGAAAAGUGCACAAACCGCAUGAUCUGCGCUUGCGCAACGUUCAAAGUACCAAAAAAUUGCCAGUGCUCAACAAAAUCGCUAAGCGAUGUACGGCAGGAUGAAGAAUAUUUUGCCAAUCCAUACAGCAAGCCUACAAAUCGCAAAAACGGAGAAUGA